UGAGUGAGGCAAAAAUUCAACCCGUCAUUUGUCGUCGCGCAUCGUGUCUGUCUCUCUGUCUGUCAUUGGUGCCUGCCUGCCUGCCGGUCUCUCUGUCCGUCCGUGAGGGCAUGCAGCCGUCCGUCCAUCUACUUGACAGAUAAAAUACAGAGGCAUGGAUGCCAUCCAUGCCAUGCGACUGAUAUCUACGAGUAGUGAGUGAGUGACCGGAAAAACAGUCAAUCCAUCUCUUCCUCCUCCUCCCCCUCCAUCUUCAUUCACUUCACCUAUGCCGUUGUGGCCGCGGCCUCUGCACCCAAAGCACCCACACACACAUACACGAGGGAGGGACAGUCAGACAGACACUACACAUCCCUGCCCUGUGUGGGUGGUGUGUGUUGGGUACGGUACCUUCUUUCUUGGGCAUCGCUGCCUCGAGGUUUGCAUUGGCGAAAUCCCAGUUGACGAGGUUCCAGAAAGCUGCACACACCGCCCCGCAACCAGAAAGGACACAGGGUGAGGCUGUGUCUGUUUGAUUGUGCUGUGGGUAGUGUGUCACCCCCCACCCACCGUCAAGGAAGGCUGGCCGUGCGUUCCUGUAGUCGAUGUAGUAGGCAUGCUCCCACACAGAGACGCACAGAAUGGGUGUGCCAAGGUUCUCCCUGCCAACCAACCAACACGACAAAGCAUAUAUUAUCUUGUUCGUUGCCCAUCCCAUCCCGCCCUGUCUGUCUGUCUCUCUCUCUCACUUGACGGGGUUUGACGCGUCGUGUGUGCCGACCACAUCCAGCUUGCCGUCCUUCAGCACUACCCACGCCCAGCCGGAGCCGAAGUGGUCUGAGCAAGGAGGGAGGCAAGAACCAAACACAAGAACCAAACACACACACACACACACAUCAGAAACCGCUGCCCUCCCUCCCUCCUUUCGGUGUGCCUGUCUUACUGGCGGCGACUUCGUUGAACUUGGUCUUGAGUGCGUCGAAGCCGCCGAAGUCCUCCUGGAUCUUCUCGGCUAUCGCGCCGCGGGGCAGGCCGCCACCGUUGUAGAUCUGAGUGGGUGGACACACAGCGGCGUGGGUCUGCGCUGUGCUGUGCUGUGUGUGGUGUGGUGUGGUGUGGCUGUCUGUACCUUUGAUGUGAUGGAUUUCCAGUAGAAGUUGUGGUUCCAGACUUGGGCUGAAGGAAGGCACACAUGAUAUAUUGUGUGCGCGCGCCUCUGUGUGUGUAUGUGUGUGUGUGUGUGUGUGUCUGUGGCGGACCAGCAUUGUUGAAGACGGCACCGUCGGCAGUCUUGACCAGCUCUGCAGAGAGGAAGUAUAACACAGGCAAAACGACAGAUGAGGCGUGCCUUCUCCUUGUCAUCAAUCUGACCCUCGAGGGAUUUGCUGGCGAUCGCUGGGGUCUCCUUGGCAAGUUCUGCACCACCGACAACACACCCACACACAAUGAAUGCACUAUUCUCGUCGUUCGCUGCUUCACAUCGCAAGCCCUGACUGACCGUUGAGCGUCCGCACGUAAUUGGCGUGGUGUUUGGAGUACUGGUACUCGACGUUGUCCUUGCUAAGAUAUGGGGCGAGCGUGUCCACACCCUGUCCGUAGAUGCAGCCACUCACUCAUGCGUACGCCCAUCGCCGAGCGGUUGUGUAAGCGUCUGUCUGUCUGACUGACUGUUUCUGCUUCUUACGAAGUCCAGCUGUGGGAGUGAGAACGGCUUUGCAUCGAUGAGGUCAUCGACGCCCCACUCGGCAUAGAUCUCUUCGGUGCCCUUCCUCGCGAUGCGCUUGCUCGCCACCUCCUGCAGCUCAUCGUAGCUCAACGGAAUGCCCUGAAACCCAGCCUGAACACACACACACACAAACAGAGAUGCAAUGCUCCCAGCGCUCCCCUCCCUGAACCGUGCCGGGUAGGUCUGCAUCAUCACAUGUAUCACCUGGUCGGCGUCCCAUGGCGACCAGAGCAGGUAGACCUUCUCACCGGCCUUCUCCUUCUCCGCAGCGAUCUUCUUGUUCUCCUCAUCGAUCGCCGGGGUGGACCAGGCGAACCCGCCUGCGCCCAUCUGAGGGGUCAGACGUGACCGUGAUGCGACAGAGGAGGUGGAAGAGGCCCUCAGCCGGGCGGGCGAGACGAAGGCAUCCAGCCGAGCGCCAAGCGCUAAAGCAGAUCAAAUCAGACACACAGACAAGCAGAGAGGUACACAUGAGUGUGCGCGUGAAUCAUCAGCAGUGUGAGGCCUUACAGGCAGGCAGGCAGGAAGGCAAUGUGUUAUGUGUUUGUUCACUCACCGUUUGAGAGGAGCGCGAAAGCGCACACAGCGAUGAUGGACUUCAUUGCCAAGCAACCACACUGCCGGGCCACCCAC